AGUGGCACUUACUUAACUCAGCUAGACUCUGGUUAUUCAUGAUGGAAUGAACUAGACUUGUCGUCCAUCCUUGAUCAGUGAUAAGUAAGCUAUUCCGGCUAAAAGAAUACGUGGACACGGUCGGCACACUUGAACCCUUGCGACCUUGCUGUCGGAUGGCUCCUCACGGUAAUUAAGAUGUGGCAGACUAAAAGUGGCAGCUCUAUUUGUCAAAGUUUGACAAAAGCUUUAGAAAUCAACUAACCCAAACAACGCGUCGGUUUAUGUGCAAGAAAGCGUGUCCACUGUCCGCGCUCCACAUUACCUCAGCAGUGACAUGCUGAUAGGCGAAGAUGGAGCGGAUUCAAGGCGAAUUUAAUAGGAAGGAAACCAACAUCUUCUCAGACAGCACUCAUAGAAUGUCAGGGCGUCCGUUCUCUGUUCAGUCGGGCAAGGGCCGAGGCCAUGAAGACUUGGGGUCCUCUUUCGCUCGCGGUCCAGGCCCAUCCCGACCAGCGCAAGGCAAGGCGACCGGCAGCAAAGUCAAGUCUGCCACGUCGCGUCCUAUCAUGACGAGCCUGGAACGAGACUCUUUUAGCGACAGUGAUGACGAGCUGUUAUUAUCCGAGGGCGCUCAGCUGUUGGGCUCGUCACCUGUACAGAAACGCGUCGUCCGCGGCAAGACGGCAGCAUCGAUGCCUCAGAAAGCCAACCUUGCCCCAAAUGGUCAUCAGUAUCACCCACAGUUCCCCCCGAAAGCAAAAUUCCCCAAAUUCACAAGGAUUAAGAAGGAGUCGCAGGCAGACGAGAGUAGUCCAGAAGGGCCUCCAUCAUCAUCUUUGCACGACGCAGACGACUCUCAAGAGCUAUUCAGACCAAUAUCUGAUGACCUAACCUCUCAGCCGGCAGCCAAGCCGAAGAAAGAGAAGGACACAGACUUUGUGCGUCCGGGGCCAGGCAAGAAUUCUGCGUCCAGGAGGGCAGCUACUCCAUCCUCGACCUUAGAAGAUGAACCUCUCAAACCCGUUACUAAGCCGCGACCUGUGAAGGCUGGGAGCUCAAUUGCUCGUGGUCAGAGUCCAGAAGCAACUCCACGUGCUGGCAGGCAACUCCAGCCGUUCCCUCUAGGCAGUCAUUCCUCGGUACACGGUGGGAGCUCACGCGCUUCCGACGUGUCUCCUCCACGGAAAGGCGCUCGAGAGCGCUCAGCAGCAAAAAAGGAGAAUACAAAUGCGCUGUUGCGUAAGGCCGCUGCUCCUUUUCCUAUGAGGUUUCAGUCGGAGGAGAAGACAAGUGCACUACCACGUAAACACACUGCUCCCUCCCUUAUGAUCCCUCUGGGAAAGUCAAAUCUUCCUGCUAAGCAGCCACUCCUUGAACCUACGGGACCCAAACCUUUUCCUUCGUCAUUGCAAACUUCGAAGCCAGGCCUUGCCCGCUCAGAGACGCUUGGAAACUUUCCUACGCCUUCCCCAUUGGCUUCCCCAGUGCAACCACUCUCGCGGGACAAAGGAAAGGGACUUGCGCUAACCCCUCAUCAGGACGAGGACGAUCUUGGUGGAUUUGCCAUAGACCAUCGCGAUACCGUGCGGACCGAUGUUGCCCUAAGACCCUUCCCCCUGUCCUCAAGGGAAAUCAAGAUUGCACAUAGGCGUAGCCCUAUGAGGUCCAAGCGAGUUUCGGACGGUAGCGAUGAACAACGCGGACCGAAAGCCAAGCGGCAUAAGGAAGACAAUUAUGGAAAAUCGGCAAGGUUGAUCCUGGGAGAAGAGGAACACUUGGAUGAGGACUCAUUUGAAAUAGAUACAGUAGUUGAUCCUUCUACAGUGUGCCCGUACUGUGACGAACCACUGCCGCGCAACCCAACUCCACAACUGAAGAAUCUCUUGGCGAUUGCGAAGCGGAAGUCAUACGCAGACCCGCGCCCUCGAAAUUCUCGUGGGCUGAAGGCUCCUCUAGGAAUUUAUAUCUCAGCUUGUCAGCGACAUCACUUCGAAAUGCACUCCUUGCCUGAGGCUAUGGAGAAAGGGUGGCCGCAAAGUAUUGACUUCAAGAAGGUACCCAAGAGGGUCGAAGGGAUGAAGAGUGCGCUUGAGGUUAUAAUCACCAACGCUGACAGCCUUAGUGACAAUGAGGACUCUGUGGAAAACAACGCCAGGGGUUCCCGAGCACGAAGCGACUUCUGGGAAGAAAUCAAGAAGCAAAUCAAGAAACAAGGCAGUCGAGCUGUUACUGGUGUCAAGGGCCAAUUUGCCAGCUUCGAGAAGACUCAGCCUGGAUACUAUGGUGAACUCGGCUUGUUGAUCAUACAUCAAACGCUCUACAAUCUCUUCCCCUUUUCAUCGUUUGAUGCUUCUUCGAUAGCCCCUCUCACGCCUGCAGAGUUCAUCCAGCUUGUACUGGUUCCCGAAGCUGCAGUAGGUCUCAUCAUGCAAGACCUUCAUCUCGAUAGAGACGAAGCAAUUGUGACACUGCGUGAAAGUUCGCAGUAUGGUGUUGCCAUGUUCCCUGAUACCGGUUCUGGUAAGGGCACGGCACUUGGUGCUGAUGACGACGACGAUGAGGGUGUUGCGGAUCGCAUUGUUAUGGAACGUGCCAAAGCCAGGAGGUUGGAGCUCGAGGAAGAGGAGAAGAUUGAGGAGCAGAUGUGGAAAGAGGAGCGGGCGAAGCGUAGGUCCGCAGCGCAGAUGGAGAGGAAAGAGAAAGCGCACCAGCGGGCAAAGCAACUCAAGAAGUCGAAAGAGCUUACAGGAUAUACCUCCUGCGAAGUCAGCGAAGCGAGCGAGUCAGAAAUCCAAAGCAGGCCGGUUAGAAACACAUCGAAGGUUGGGUCAAGAACAACUACAGACUCCGAAACCGACAACAUGUCUGUGGAUAGUUCGACGAGCCGGCGAUCUACGCGCUCCAGGACGGGCGCUGGUAUGAUGUGCCGCACCACUUCCGCCAAGUCUGUUUCUUCCAACAUGCAAAUUUCUGAUGACAGCGCCGUAGAGAUUGUCGAGGAAAAGGAACAACUUCAAGUCAGACGGUCAUCCAGGCAUGCAACUCCUAGUGUUAACGACAUUGGCCAACACUCUGAUGCUGUAUCGUCGUCGUCGAUCACUCGUACCAGGCGGUUGAAGAAUUUCAAAAGCGACGAUCGUGACACAGAUGUGGAUAUCGGCGAUGUGCCUUUGAAGCCUGUUCUCGAGAUUGACGAAGAAUCCACUCCGCGGCCACAUAGGUCGAAAGUUCCAAUUGUACCUACUCUAGGAUUACCUGGAGCCACAACUUCAAUCAGAUUCCCUCUUCAAGUUGCUAGAUCAAGAUCAGUAACAAGCACCACGUCGGACGGGUGGCGUAAAACUCUCAUACCUGGUGCUUCCGACGCUGAAGAUUCAGAUGACUCGCAAGCAGUCCAACAGUCCCGAGACACUUAUAAUUGGCUGCUCAGUCCAUCGUCCUCAACCUCGUCACGAUGACAGUAAUAUCUGUCACUGAGAUUGUCCCUUGCCUGUCUUCAUAGUAUUAAUCUUUUAUUGGCAUUGUCGUUUCGAUGCUUUGGUGUACAUUGCAACUUAUGAUCGGACUAGACACACGCAAUUACUUACUACCGGACUUCACAAUCAUAAACUCAACUACAUAGCAUGUACAACUUAACCGAAGUGUAGAUUCAUCCACAUUAAAUGU